AUGAAUCUGCUGAGUUGGAACUGCCAAGGGAUUGGGAACCCUUGGACAGUUAAAGGGCUUAAAGGGCUGAUUACCCUCAACAUUCCCAAGAUGAUCUUCUUAAGUGAGACUCGAUGUACGGAGGAGGAGAUGGAUGGGGUGAGAAGACAGAUAGGGUGGAAGAAUUGUUUUGUGGUGGAAUGUAAAUUUGUGCCUAAAAAGAACAGUAAAGGAGUUAGUAGGUCUGGUGGAUUGGCUCUACUUUGGGAAGAGGAUGUGGUGGUUGAUAUACAAUCAUUCUCUGACAGUCAUAUUGAUGUGGUAGUGGGGGAACCCUCUGAUCCAAAACGGUGGAGAUUUACCGGUUUUUAUGGGCAACCAAGACCGGAGAACCGUCAUCUAUCAUGGGCUUUGCUUAAAACCCUGAGUUUGCAUGGCAAUCUGCCAUGGGUGGUCGGCGGCGAUCUGAAUGAAAUUACUUCGACUGAUGAUAAGGAAGGUGGAGUAGUGAGGAAUAUACGACAGAUGAUGGGCCUGAGGGAUGCACUAGACUUUGGCCUACUCUCAGACAUCAAAUUCUUGGGGCCGAGGUAUACCUGGCAAGGCAUUAGAGGGGGUCAUCUCAUUAAAAUUCGACUCGACAGGUUUGUCGCCUCGCAGAGCUGGAAAAAUUUAUAUUCGGCUUCUAGGGUUUUACAUUUAAACCCUAGCACGUCAGAUCAUCUUCUAAUCCUCCUGGAGGUCCGUGAGCACAUGCAAACAAAGAGGAGGCGAGGGAGAAGAUUCCGUUUUGAGGAAUUAUGGCUUAGGGAAGAGGAUUGCAAGCAGAUUGUUGAACAAAGCUGGGAGAGUGGUUCUGGGUCUGAUGCGUUUUCAAAAAUUUGUGAUAAGAUAAGGCGGACGCGGAGUGCCUUGGAAUCUUGGAGUUUUGACAAGUUUAGGAGUCUUACCCGUACUAUUGAAGAUACUAGGGCUAGGGAUGACCAGAUCGAAAAAAUUGUGUUGGAUUAUUAUAGAGGCUUGUUCUCUUCUUCACGGCCCGUCGACUUUCAGCAGGUGUUGGAUGCUAUCCCUUGCGUGAUCACAGAUGAUAUUAACAGGGAGAUUACUAAGGAGGUCACAGCAGAUGAGGUUUUUGGUGCUUUGAAGCAAAUGCAUCCGUCGAAGGCUCCUGGGCCUGACGGUUUUUCCCCGUGCUUCUACCAGUUCUUUUGGGGGACAGUUGGGGAAGACGUAGUUGAGGCUGUGAGGGCUUUCUUGUUGUCAGAGGAGCUGCUUAGAACUAUCAAUUGCACCUUUGUCACUUUAAUUCCGAAAGUAAAGCUACCUCAGUAUGUGGGACAGUUAAGACCGAUUAGCUUGUGUAAUGUAUUGUAUAAACUGGGUUCGAAGGUGCUUGCAAACCGGAUUAAGCCACUGAUGGAUUCGAUCAUUUCGCCUUGUCAGAGUGCCUUCGUGUCGGGACGACUCAUCUCCGACAAUUCUCUCAUUGCUUUUGAGAUUGGGCAAUUUCUAAAACGACGGAGAAGUGGAAAUAAAGGCUUUUGUGCUCUAAAGCUCGACAUGAGCAAGGCGUAUGAUAGAGUCGAGUGGCGGUUUCUGGAACUUGUUAUGCUCAAGAUGGGGUUUUGUAGCUUGUGGGUGCAGUGGAUAAUGAGUUGUGUAAAGACGGUGACUUAUUCUUUCCUGCUGAAUGGGGUCCCAAGAGGUCGUCUCCUUCCUGAGCGUGGGCUUAGACAGGGGGACUCGAUCUCGCCUUACUUGUUUCUGUUUUGUGCCGAGGCCCUUUCAAGGUUACUUAGCUUGGAGGAGGAACAAGGGAGAUUACGGGGUGUGAAGAUAUGCACUGCGACACCUAGCAUCAGUCACCUUUUCUUCGCGGACGACUCGUUCAUAUUUUGUCAAGCUGAGUUGGAAGAUUGCGAGAGUGUCAAGGAUAUCCUUAGAAGGUAUGAAGAAGCGUCCGGGCAGCAAAUCAAUCUGCAGAAAAGCUCAAUCUCUUUCAGCCGCAAUGUUCCAAUGAGUAAGCAAGAAGGGUUGGCUGAUUUUUUGGGGGUUCAACGGGUAGACAAACAUGAUAAAUAUUUAGGGUUGCCAAUGGAGGUGAGUUAUUCUAAGGAGGAAGCUUUUGGCUACCUUGUGGAGAGGGUUCAGAAGAGAACGCAUGGGUGGAAAGCGAAGCUUCUUAGUGCGGCAGGUAAAGAAAUACUGAUCAAGGCAGUUGCACAGGCUAUCCCUUCUUAUGUGAUGAAUUGUUUUGAGCUUCCGAGACAGCUGUGUAAUGAAAUGCAUAGGCUAAUGGCACAAUUUUGGUGGGGAGAUGUGGAGGGGAAGGGGAAAGUGCAUUGGCUUUCUUGGGACAAGCUCUGUGUGUCGAAACAAGAAGGUGGAUUGGGAUUCCGAGAUAUGCAUGAUUUCAACCUAGCGUUACUUGCGAAACAAGGCUGGCGGUUGGUGCAGCGUCCGGAUGCUCUGUUGACACAGCUACUCAAGGCGAGAUACUUUCCGCGCUCUGACUUUAUGGAGGCAGAGCUGGAAGCUGGUUCCUCUUACACAUGGAGGAGUAUAAUGGCAGGUCGACAAGUGUUGGAGCAAGGGCUGCGGUUUCAGGUGGGUACUGGGCAGCGUAUCUCUGUGUGGCAUGAUAGGUGGGUGCCGAGACCGCGGACAUUCAGACCAUAUUCUCCACCCAUGGAAGGGCUCGAGGAGUUGUGUGUAGCAGAUUUGAUUGAUCAGGAGGACAAAGUGUGGUUGGUUGACCUACUUAAUGAAUUGUUCAUUCCGGGUGAGGUGGAGCUUAUAGCAAGUAUCCCUCUUAGUACUAGACUGGUGGAGGAUCGAUUAGUGUGGCAUUAUGAUAAGAAAGGCAUUUAUAAUGUACGGAGUGGGUAUUUUGUCUGGAGAGAGUCGAAGAAGGCACCGGUAACUGCCACUACAUCUAGCGCAGUCAUUGGAGCACAUGUGCCAGCUAAAACAAAGGUGUUUCUCUGGAAGCUGCUGCGGGGAAUCUUGCCUACACGCACUGCACUUGCGGAUCGGAGGGUUCACUUACCAGAUAACAGGUGUGUCUUCUGCUCUAAUAACUUUGAAACUAGUGUCCAUGUUUUCAAGAACUGUGAUAGCGUGGAGACUUUUUGGGUGGAGGGGCCUUUGAAAUUAAGGCCGAAGGAUCAUGCAGCCAUUAAUUUGCAUGCAUGGAUAUAUGGCAUGAUUGACGUAUUGCAUGGGGAGCAACUCUGCAUGUUUUUCAUGGCUCUUUGGAGUCUGUGGAAUGAAAGGAACAAAAUAAUUUGGCAAGGAGGCCACUUCAAUCCUAUGUUUGCUGCGCAAUGGGCUGUUAAUUAUUUGGUGGAGUUUCAACAGGUUCGGUAUAAACCUACUGUGAAGAUGAAACGCAGCGUAACGAAGUGGGAGUGUCCACCACGGGGAAGGCUUAAAAUAAACAUUGACGGAGCUUUCCGUGGUGUUGACGGCAGUGGGGGAAUUGGGGUGGUGGUUCGAACUGCUGAAGGUGUGGGAAUCGCGGCUUUAGCUAGGCCCUUUGUACAUGCUCACUCCGCGUUGAAUAUGGAAGUUGAAGCGUGUAGAGCGGGUCUAUUUCUUGGUAUUCACCAAGGUUGGACUGACAUUGACAUUGAGAGCGAUUCUAUCCUUUUGAUUGCUGCCCUGCAAAGAGGUGGAUAG